AUGGAUGAGUACCAACUGUGGGCGCCUAUUGCCAAAAAGUACACUGUGCACGACGAGACGUACCUGUGGACCCGAAACUUGCUGGCCAACGGAUUCAAGCCGUACAACGAACUCGGUUUGGAGAAGGCGAGACAGCAUAUCAAUGAGAGGACCAGGAUGCAAACCCCCGUAACUGACUACAUCGGUGAUGAGUGGGAGGUAAUUGUGCCAUCGCCCUACUCAAAAGACGGAAUUCCCGUAACGGUGUAUAAACCUUCCUCGGCACCGGAAGUUCCCGCCAUAUUCAUGUAUUUCCAUGGAGGAGGUCUCCUCUUGGGGAAUCGCAAAAUGAGUGAGGGGAUCGUCCAGAUUAUUGCAAGGGAUACCGGGGCGAUCGUCCUGACCGUCGAAUACCGGUUGUUACCAGACCCAGUAUUCCCUUUCGCCCCUUUUGACGACGGGGUCGUCGUCACCAAUUGGGUUUUAGAAAACAAGGAAGUAGUCGGUGGUAACCCGGACAGUAAAGUCGGCGUCGGGGGUGACAGCGGUGGUGGUCAUCUCGCCGCCAGCGUCACGAAUGACGUUCGAGGGCUGGACUUCCAGGUUCUCGUCUACCCCAUGACGGACACGACCUUGUCCAGUCCAACCAUCCAAGAGUUCGCUGAAUGCCCUACACUCUGUCAAGCGGAUGUCAAAUGGUUUGUGGAAACCAUGGCAGGACCCAUCCCCGACUACAACAGCAACCCAAGGGUCAACGUCAUGGUGCGCACCAACACCGGGGACUCCCCACCGACCCUCAUGAUCCUCGCGGAACUCGAUCCUAUGAAGGGCGGUGGGCUCGACUACGCCGACAUGCUGAGAGCCGCCGGGGUGAGCGUUCAGUGUGAGAUAAUCAAGGGCGUCCCUCACGUCUUCUUCAUCAUGCGCGAUAUUUUUAAGACGAAAUGCGCUGAAGCCUACGCCCAUGUCGUCAAAUUUCUAAAACAAUUCCAGUCAAAAGCUAUUGACUAA